UGAUCGAGGAUGGAAUAUUGAGACUUGAGAGAGUGCUUCUGUUUAAAUUAUAGACCAAGAGUCAUAAUUCCAAUAUAGGCCUGCUUCAUUAUAUUUUCGGAUAAAAGCUUGUAAAACGAAAUGAACACUUGAUGACCUCUAUAACAAUGAUUUCCUUAGAGAACAUUCUGCGAACAAGACAUACAUUCUGCAUGGAUGAGCAUUUCAAGACCCAGAGAGCAGAAUUUAUUUAAGAAACUACAGCCUUCGGUUGUCCAUAUUGGAUCAAACAACUUCCCCGUCUGCGUAGGAGGAACAUUUACUAUUUCAGAGCCCCAAUGGAGCCAGUUUCACCGUCCCACCGCGCUCCGUAGAGAGGGUAUACGACUCAAUGAUUGGGGCAAAACCACGCUGACCGAUAUAUCUUCCAACCUACACCGCUCAAGAGAUGGCUCUCUGUUCCAAUCCGAUAGUUCUGGAUUGGCUCACGAAGGCACUGCCAGGACAUCAAAUGUGAUCUGGGAUGUCAUUGCCAUGUGGGGAGGUUUCGGAGGCAUCCAGUUUAAAUUGAAAGGGUGGUAUUGAAGAGACCACUGUGGCCCUGUGGCAGAGCGACCUAUGAUAGUGGCAGCAGAGAGGACUGAAGGGACAGCCUAGGACUGGUCUUUCCAUAGCCACCUUCACCAGCAACCUGUAGCAGUGUACCCUGUGCCUCAUCACCAGCCUCACACACAUCUUCCCAACAAAGAGUCAUCUGACUGUGACAUCUGUUGCAAGGGGAUGACCGAGCGCAUUCAUAACAUCAAUCUCCACAACUUCAGCAAUUCUGUACUUGAGACCCUCAAUGAGCAGCGCAACCGCGGGCACUUCUGUGACGUGACUGUUCGGAUCCAUGGAAGCAUGCUGCGAGCCCACCGCUGCGUGCUGGCCGCUGGGAGCCCCUUCUUCCAGGACAAGCUUCUCCUGGGCUACAGUGACAUUGAGAUCCCCUCGGUGGUCUCGGUGCAGUCCAUCCAGAAGCUGAUAGACUUCAUGUACAGCGGGGUCCUGCGGGUGUCCCAAUCGGAGGCUCUCCAGAUCCUCACUGCUGCCAGCAUCCUGCAGAUCAAGACGGUCAUCGAUGAGUGCACCCGCAUCGUGUCCCAGAAUGUGGGCCUGGCCGGUCCAGGGGGGUUCCCUGUCAACCCAGGGGACUCUGGGCAGGAGACGCCCCGGGGCACACCUGAGUCAGGCACCUCUGGGCCCAGCAGCGAUGCAGAGUCAGGGUACAUGCAGGCCACGUCCCAGCAGAGCCUUGAGCGUGCGUACACAUCGCUGUAUUCCUACUCGGGCCUCUCACUGCAGAAUGGAACCCGUGAGCGCUCCCACUACGUAACCAGUAUGACAACAAGCUACGACCCAGCCCUUAGCAUGCAGAAGGACCAGCACGACCAGGAUCCGCCGUGGAUCACCCGCAUCCAUGAAAGGUCACAGCAGAUGGAACGCUUCCUAUCCACCCCUGAGACCACCCACUGCCGCAAGCAGCCCCGACCGGUACGCAUACAGACAGGAGGCAUUCACAUAAAGCAGGAAGCAGAGGAUGAGUACAGCUGCUAUGGUAUGGAUGAGUGCACAGAGGACACUGACCACGUUGAGGGUGUGGAGACUGAACCGAAGGGUGAAAGCUUUGACUCAGGGGUAAGCUCCUCCAUUGGUACUGAGCCAGACUCCGUGGACCAGCACCAGUACCCCGUGGGCUUUGGGAGGGAAGUAGGUGGAGAGGGGACCCCAGUGCAGAUUGAGGUCGAUGACUCCUCCCCAGAGCAGAUUCAUGAGACGGAGGAAGGGGGCACAUCCCACAGCACUAGCGACAGUAACAUGUUGCAGCCCCUGCCCAACCCAAUCAUGGCCCAGUCUCUGCCAAGUGCCCUACUCUAUAUGCGUCAGGCCGAAUCUCACACCAGCAACCUGAGGAUGCCACUCACCAUGACCAGCAACACCCAGGUAAUGGGCGUGGCUGGCAACUCCUACCUGCCCACUCUGUUUCCCACACAGUCGGCCAGCAACAACAAGCCCUUCCUCUUCAGCCUGCAGCAGUCCAUGGGAGGCCAGCAGCCCCAGUUUGUGUCCGGGCCUACCCCUAGUAUGCCCCCAUUCCCUCAGCAAUUGACGGUACAGCAACAGGCAGCGCGGGAACAGCAACAGGCGGCCUCGAUGGGACAGGGGGAGAAGAAGCCCUAUGAGUGCACUCUCUGCACUAAAACCUUUACUGCUAAACAGAACUACGUCAAACACAUGUUUGUGCACACUGGUGAGAAACCACAUCAGUGCAGCAUCUGCUGGCGCUCGUUCUCCCUGAAGGAUUACCUAAUCAAACACAUGGUCACUCACACAGGGGUGCGUGCCUACCAGUGCAGCAUCUGCAACAAACGCUUCACCCAAAAGAGCUCCCUCAACGUCCACAUGCGGCUGCACCGUGGAGAGAAGUCCUAUGAGUGCUACAUCUGCAAGAAGAAGUUCUCUCACAAGACCCUGCUGGAGAGACACAUGGCUCUGCACAGCACAGGGGGCGCCGUCACAGGGCUGUCCGGGGCAGCAGGUGCCGGUGGCCCCGUUUCCAUUCCCAUGGCCGUGCCCGAACCUGGCGCCGGCGUGGCAGCCCUCGCCAUGCCCGUCGGCGGUGGCGCAGGAGUAGGGGGUGGGGUCGGACCAGGAGUGGGUGUGGCUGCGGAGGCAAGCUGCCAAGAAGGGACCACCUACGUGUGCUCCGUCUGCCCUGCCAAGUUCGACCAAAUUGAGCACUUCAAUGACCACAUGCGAAUGCAUGUCUCCGAUGGAUAAGUACAAAUAGAUACACUUCUUUAAAAAAUAUUAAAUGAAAAAGAAAAAUGGCACUAGAUUUUUUUUUUUUUUUGAGGCAUGAAGAAUAAUCAGUAUAGACACUGGCACAUUAAGUUUCCCAGAAAUGAGUUUUUUUUUGUUAUUCUAAAAGAAAAACAAGAUGGUGGCCUUAAGGCUUUGUAGUUUGAUAUUGAUCCACUGGAUGGAUCCUUACUACAGGCCUCUAAAUGUAUGCUUUCCUAAAAUACUGAUUUAUGUGUUGAACACUACCGAAAGGCCUAUGAAAGAAACACACACACAUACACAAAUUCAAACUCACACACCUAUAUACAGUAUAAAUAUAUCUUUGUAUGAGUGUAUGUGUUAAUCUGUGUAUGUGUGUACUUGUGCGUGUGUAUUUGUAUGUGUGCGUGUGUGUGCGUGUGCAAACAUUGCCAUGGAAUUUGGAACAUGGUAAAUGUAAUCCCAUAUUGACCGUUUUGGACACUAUUAGGAGUCCAAGCUUACUGUGGUAUAAUUUUCACAAAAAAAAAUAUAAAAAAUCUGGCUUGGGCUAAAGAUUCCCUCUAAAAAAUAUUGUUGGUCACAAGUUUGCCUUCUUAUGUAGGGUAAGAAAAGGAGAGUAAUUAAUUUGACACUGGGUUUUUAUUUAUUAUUAUUAAGGUAUUGAGGGAUUACAAUACAGCUGUUGUGAAGGUACAAAUUGAUAUUAAUAAUUGUACUGAAAUGUAACUUCCUGUGAGUGGGUAUAGAAAUGGGUAUUUAGUAUAUGUGUUAUUGUCCAUGCAUUUUGAUGGUUCAGGUUAAGUUUACAAAAUUAGGGUUGUUGAUAAGACAGUAUUUGAGAAAAAUGUAACAUUGUUAGGAGUUUAUUUCAUUUGCAUACACUGCCACUAAUAUCUUAGAAGACUGUUAAGGCUAUUAGACCUCUUCCAUUUUCAACAUGUGACAUAACAAAAGACUAAAGGUUCUUCUUGACAUAAUGAGGUUAUAAAUUAUUGUUUAGUUCUAUGAAGAGGAUUUUACAUGUGCAGUUGUAGCAGGCUUGAUUGAGUAUGCUACCAGACUCAUCAUGACUGCUGCUUCGCAAUUUGCACCAGACUGUUAUCAGCUGUAGAUUACAACAUGAUUGGUCAAUAUUACUAUUAACGUUUAAAUUAAGAAACUAAAAUAUAUUAUUUGAUAAUGGAAUGGUUUACCAGGAUAGUUUAAGACAGCUUUCAAAUAGAUUACCGGUAAAUUGAGUGAUUCUGUGAACUUGCAUUGGACAAAAAUAUAAUUGUAUGACCUAAAUCUCUGUAUAUCCUGUUCCUAUGGACAUGACACAGCUAUUUGAGCAGGUGGAGAAACUAAAAUGCACUACUCCUGAAAUGUUAGCUCCACCUGGUGGCCCAAAUGGCAUGUCACGUUCAGACAUUUAAUACAAACACCGAGACAGAUGAGGCAAAAGAAACCACAAUAACAUAUACCCCGGUCAAUAAUUACUUCAUAAUAUAACACAACUUGCAGAUGGACUUCCAAGACAAUAAGAUACAUUCCUGAUUUCACAGAUACCUAGACACAAUGUGUACAGAAUAGAUUUGGGAGUAAGGCAAGGGGAUGUCAUUCAAGUGUCACGUCACUCAAAGGCUCUGCUCUGAUAUUUGGCUUACUGUUCAUGCAUUUUAUCCAAAAUAAGACAUACACGUCUGCCUGCAACUGCAAUCUGAAGAUUUUGCUCAUUUCUUUGAGUAGACACACCUUUUUAGUUACCAUGAUAAGAUAGUAACUUACCAGAAUUACAGUACAGUCUGAAAACAAUAUGUUGUAGAUAAAAACAAAGUGCUGCUUUGCACAUUUUCUUCAAAUGCCUGUGCUUAAUAUUUUAUUGUUUUACUUAAUAAAUGAAAUUCUAUUAUUUUCAUUUGUUCAUUUUUUAAACAUCUUUCUUAAAAGCUUGAUAAGAGGACUGCAUUAUUUUCUUGCAUAGCCUAUAUGUUGCACUGCUUGAGCCGAUAAGUGCACUACUGUUACCAGAGAUAUUAUAGUUUUAGAGAAAAAUAAUCAUUUUUUAUCUAAUAAUUUGUUGUAGAAUUAUCGUGUUAGAAUAGCUUUGUUCCAUUUUACGAUAAGGUCAUUUUAUGUUUCUUAGCUUUUGUUAUCUCUUGUUAUUAUAUGUAUUUACUUGUGCUGUGUUUGUGCAAGCGUUUAGUUCUAUUUAAAUGUGAUCCAUCGUGUGAGCUUGUCUCUGUUUUCAACCUUUUAAUGUAUUCUUUUCAAGAGGUAAUCCCCUUCAACAGCAGUUAUCCCAUUGCAUACAUUAGAACAGAUGCUGAAUUUUCAUACAAAAGCAUUCAUGCCAAACAAAAUCCCCCCCAAAAAGAAAAAAAUAUUUUAUAGUGUCCGUGGACAUAAAUUAUGUGUUUUUUUAGAACAAGUUUCUUUAGGAAUUACAGGGUGGGUGGGAGAUUGUACGCAGCUAUUAUUUGCUAUUUGUAAAUUGUACACAAGUCUGCAUCUCUUGUGUUUGUCUGUGUGAGUGUUUGUGUGUGUUGUAUAAUCAAACUGUUGGUGUCCCAAGUGGAGGUGUAAUACCUGAACUGUAGGGCUUCCUUUGCAAUAUGCAGUGCAGGUACUGUGAGACGCAGCUUUAGCUAACCCUCUUGGGCUAAUAAACACAUUUGUUGUGCACAUUUACAAAGACAUCUAUUGAUCAAAUAUUGAUAGUGGUAAAUACAUUGCCCCGAGUGGAAGAAGUGCAUGGCAUUUUGUGCCUAGUGCUUUAGUUAGCUUCAGCUGGUUGAUAUUUGGAUAAGGCCUACCUAAUAAUACUCUUCUAUCAUCUUCACUGUAUUCUAUCUUUGUCUCUUUCAAAUUGAAAACAAGGAAGUGAUGAGGGCUAUUAGUUAGUAAUCAAUCCCAGAGUUUCCUCAUAUCAUCAGAGCGAGGGCCCUGUAUUAUGUUUCAUAGAGUUUCUAUCUGGUCACUGAAAUAGCAUGUGGUUGUCAAGUAAAGGGAACAAUAUAUGUGACUUGUGAUUGGGCCGGAGUUUGUUAUCCUCUGCUGCAGAGGUCUCUAUCGGGAACACAAGCCUAUAAAUGCUUCUACUCUGUGGCUCCCAUUGCUACUCUGUAAGACCAGGAACUGCAUGGCUGCAUACAAGGUUAAUUGUGUCUGUAGUCUUAGAGGACUCUGUAGUCUCAUGUUUGAUGAGACAAAGUCCUUAACAGAUUGUUACAGUAUGUAAGGAACUGCUGAGAUCUAUUUUGAUCACAUGUUAUUGCUCUGGCAUAAAGUUGUUGUUGGUAGGGGUGGUGGUGGUGGUGGUAGAGGUAGUAGUGGUGGAGGUGGUGGUGUUGCUUGUGGUGGUGGUGUUGUCUGCUCUAUGGAAUAAUAUAGAAAUGGUCAACCAGCUAGGCAGAGCAGUACAUUCACCAAGUUAGUCCCAGUAAACACAGUAAGAACCAUGCACUGUGAACUAAGUCCAACCUUCAGUUUCAAAAACAGAAUAAUGAAUGCUAAACUAUUUAACCAUCACGUAUUUCUUAUGAAACCAGACCAGACUAUAGUUGCUUCCAAAUGUAUUAUCAGUGAGAUAAUCUAGCAUUAUUUUGACCACUUUGCAGUCUCUUACAGUCAGCCUAAAUGAUAUUUAUGUCAUAAAUGAAUCAAAUGCACUAUUGACUGUAGAUGUUUUUCUAAAGUACAUCAUUUUCUCGUUGUCAUAGGUUGUGAAAAAAGAUAAUAGCAAAGGAAUAGUUUAAUGUUGGUUUUGAGAUAUUUCAAGAGUGGAUUCGAGCUAUAUAAAUCAUCCAUAUUAUCACACAGCUCACGAGAAAGGUUCAUUGGAAACAUAACAGAAUCUUUGACAAUACUGAGGUAUAUGCCUGUUGGCUCGCCCCUGCCCAUAGAUGGUUGACCUCACUUAUACCUGUGUGUGACUUACAAGCAGACGUUUAGCAUUAGUAUCAUUUUAUGAUACUAUAAAUUGACAUGACAUAAGAACUUUCCAGGAUUUGUUUUCCAACAACGCCAUGUUUUGUCGGCAGUCCCUCCCUGGCCUUUCUUGUCAUAUCUCUCUUUUGUUUGAUUAACUUAUUGUACCAAUAGCUGAUGUCAUUGUGUUCAAUUAAUAGUCAGGUAAAAAGUUGGGAAAACAUGCAAUGCAACCCUGAAAUACGCCCCUGUCGUUGUUGUCCUUGGUUUAUAUACUAUACAGUCAAGAAAGAGUUUAGAAUUUAUGUUUGUAAGAUUACUAUAACAUAAUGUAUUUUUCAGCUAUACAAUAUAUUCACAGGUAUAGAAUUACUUAGAAUUAAGCCUACAGCUUUUCGUUUGGUGUUUUAACUGUCAUGUUCUUAUAUUUCACGUUUUUACUUAAGUGUAGAGACACAGGAUCAGUUUUGCAGUGUGUUUGAAUCAUCUAUGUGCUUGUGUGUUCCAGGGCUUUAAUUUGCCUGUUUUUCUUGCAACCAUUAUGUACCGGUGCAUUUGUAAAUAGUUUUUAGUUAGUGGGCAAAGGAUAGACAGCCAUUGAGUAAGACAUCAUAGCUUGUCAGAAGCGCCUAUCUUCUGGUUGGACAUGAACCCUCUUUUCAAAUGGGAGAUACUGUACGUUCAGUUGGGAAAAAAAUAGGAAAAUAUAACAAAUGUAGUGCUAAGACUAAUGUGAUGUGAUCAGUUACUAGUUUAGCUCUUGUGACUAAGCAGGCUUUUAGAGAAAUACCCAUGCUGUUUAUCUCACAGCUCCUGAUGUACUUUCCUUCAGUGUCCUCACAUUCAUUUUAUUCACUCACCUAGAGUAGUAACACAUAGUAACUCAGAAACUAACAAUUACCAUGACAGUAAACCUGCUGGCAUACAUUAUACAGAUACAGUCCAACUACAUAAUAUCAGUUGAAUCUAAAGUAUAUAUACACCGUUUUUUUUUUAUCAAUAUGUUCUUCAUCAACAACUUUAACACAUAUAAUGGAAAGCGUUUGAGAUACAGACAGAACUGUAACUAUAGGAAUAUGCUUUGAGGGAUAUAAGGAGUAUGCCUAGCUAUCAAGUGCCUAUUUAUACAUUACUAUACUAAAUCUUCAUAAAGUAGUUUUGCUCCUACCGUACAUUUUCCAAAUAUAUACAGUAGCUAUAUAUACAUGAUAAUCUAUACACAAAUGAUGACAAUAUUUAUACUACUAUAACAGCAAUGUUGGUCACAGUCAUAACACAGUGCAUCCUAAGAAAGCCCUUUAAAAUAUCUUUAUCCGCCUCAAAUCUUCUAUUUAUAUAAGAUAGAUUUGUUAUUAUUUCCUGCUGACAUACUUAGUUUUAUAACUAGUACAUAUGAGAAAACAGCUAAGAUAAACAACUGGAGUUCAUUAACUGUAGUAAAGGUUUGCUUUAAGGGGCCUAGCCAUGAGGCAUUCAACUAACUCUUCUUCAUUAAAACAAUGAGUAAGCAUGUGUAGUAAUACGAUAUAGUAGCUAGUCCCUAUCUUCAUGUUUGCCAUUACAAAAACACAAUGUUGUUUUGUUCGUCUAAAACUACAGGUAUGUGAUCCGAAAGAUUUUAAAUAGUUUUGCGUAGUUUGCCCAGGUUUGUAAGCACACCUAAAUUGUCAUGACUUCUGGCUUAUCAGCACCAGCUAUCAUGCUUCUGCCACACUGAAUGUCUAUAAUUACAUUUUGGGGGGGUUUUGCUGUUAAAAAUAAUAUAAAUAGUAGUCACUAAACCACUUAUUUUCUUACCUUUCGAUUUUUGUUUUGAUGCAAAAUACCAACCACAAUCAAAUGUUGUCCUUAGACAUAGCCUAGCUGUUCUAUCAGAAUACAGUGAUUAUGAUCUCACAUAAGACAUGCCAGUCAGUUGAGCACAUCCCUUGUGUUUGUUCUCUGCUUGUAGCUCAUAAUGAUGGAUAAAGUGUAUACUAUUGUCUUUGUGCUGGUCGGAAUGUUUCAGACCUAGCAAUCAAUGAUGCUACUCGGUCCCUGCAGCUAGCUACACGUGCGCGUCUACGUUACUGUACUUGAUCAGUGACAUCAGUGCAGUGCUAUAUUUGCUUCAGCUACUGCAGCCUACAACACCACAGCAAUAUCAGUUAGAAGUGCAAUCAAGUUUUACUUGAAGAGUACCAAGCAUUUGUCUGAGUGCUAGAUGUAAUUAAAAGUGUCCUUGUAAACAAGAAUCAGACCGCUACCCCUCUUCUUCAGCAGUCUUGUCAUAAUCUAUCGUUGUAUGAGAGUGUUACUCUACAAUUUGAUUUGGAAUCAAUAUUCACCAAUUGUGUGUCUCUCUACCUUGAAUUGAUAAGGAAAGUUAGUGUCAUAAAUUAUUAGGAACCAAUACCUGCAGCAUAUCUGAAAUAUGCACAUUCCUGUAAUGUCCAGAACAUUCCUGUACCUAGCCUGUCCUCACUCUACGAGAUUAUGUUGUCGAUUUUUUCAGACUCUGUAACAAAUUAUGUGACCCCAACAGCCUUACUAGAACAAUAGAUCAAUGACUUUCUUUUCAUUACUUGCUGGUCUGCUCUGCUGGUUAUUUUGUCGUGUGACAUUUUCCCCUCUACGUUGGUUUACGUUUAGUUGAAUCUCCACAAUAGUCAUCCUCACAUUUAUGUUUAUUAUAGUGUCACUGGCUUGCUAAACUGUAUAUGAUUGCAGAUCCAUCUCAGAAAAGCACUGCUUAGCAUCUCUGGCAUUGAUGGUCCCAUCAUAGGAUUUUUUUUUAGCUUCUAACCAUAGUGCAGAAUAUGCCCCUGCAUAAAGGGCAAGCCCCUGCUUGCUACCUUGGUGUGUUCUUCUGGAACAUGGCAUGUCCUUCUACCUAUCGGAUUGUGUUUCAUAUGCAAUAUAUCUCAAACUCUCCCUUAAAUGUUGUGUCUUAGUUACGGAGAAUACUGAGUCAUCCAUAAGAUGUGGAGUUUGAAAGGUGCUGAAUAAAAGAGCCUCAACAGUAGCUUGCUUAGCACCUUGAAUAAUUGUUGUGGGGCUUUCAGCAGGUCUCUUGCACUUCUCACAUGUCCAAAAUAUAAUUUAUGUCUAUGGUGAGAUGAAGCAACAUGCACUGCACUGUAUUACCCAUAUGUUUUUCUACGUUUGUCUCUCUUUUACCUAAUAGGUUUGGUGAACAUAUUUCUGCCCACUUUCUGCCGUGUACCACACAUACUUGUGGUCUCAAUCAGCAUGCAAUCAUAUAUAAUUAGUUUGGGCAUGCAGAGCUUCCAUUACAAUACGUUGCUUGGUGUUGUUAAAGGUGCCGGUGGUAGUAAUGAUUUGUUGUGAUAUGAAACCAAACCAUCAGGGGGCUAUUGAACAUGUUGGAUGACAUAUGCUUGUUUCCGUAAACACCAAAGAAUGAUAAGAAUAUCACAGUGUCUGAAUUUCAAGCAGAAAGAACAUUAUCUGUUGCGUAAGCGAUAACAAACACUACCAAGAUGUACGUUCCUAUAAAUGUGUAUGUGUUCAAAUCUGGCAAGAUAGCUAAAAUUAUAUUUUCUUUGAUACUCAAGACAGGGUGCUUGUGAAAAUGCUUUUCUGCAUUUUGUCCUCUGAUCACUAUUGGUAGACUGUAGUUUAAUUGUUGUGUUAAUGUGCCUACUGUAGACCAAAAUAGCUUUUCUAAAGAAAUUCAGCAAAAUAUAAAAAGAAACCUGACACGUAGUAGUUGUUGUAGAACUAUAGCAUGUUAUAACAUGAAUAAGAUUGUAAAUGUUGCAUUGUUCCUCUGCUUAAAAUUAAUACUCAAUAUCCAUUAGUUAUUUUUUCUACACACACUUGGCCAAUUGAUUUAAGCCUUUUCAAUUCACAUUUGAUUUUGUUUGAUUGAUCCGUUUAUCUUUGUUUAAUCCAUUUGUCUGUUAUUCCAGUUUUCAGUAAUUGAUUUCUUCCUGCCGUAUUGUUGAUUUCAAAGCUUUUACUCUCUGAUAAACUAAAUGCACUGGAUUAGUGGAGAACUGAUACUAAAGUGACAUGCCAUGCACAAUUUAUCUAUUUGUCUGACUAAUAUUCUAAAGACAUCUGUCUCAAAAUGUUAUUCAAACAUAUAGUGGAAGACCCAUACCGAAUUUAGACUGUUUUUUUUCAAACUUUGAGGUGGACCAAAAUAUAAGUUGCUUUUGCACAUACUUGUUUUGCAAUGUGUUGAUGCCAUUGAGUAAAAGAGUAGGAAGAUUAAACUUGCCGCUGCCCAUAACAACCGAACCAAGCAACACAAAGAGGCCUAAAUCUGAUUUAAUGGCAACGGUUUUAUCCCUCAAUACGAUAUUAUAACAUUUUGAUGGCUUAUUUAGAGCCUGCUACAGAUACAUUUCCCCCAGAGAGCAUUAAACACAAAAGCCAGCUGACAUUUGAUGAAUAAUUAAGGCAAAAACAACAAACGGUGUAAAGAUAUUACAGUUAAUUGAGUUGUAUUAACAUCUUGAUGAGUUGGACCAAAUGUCUUAUCAGUUGGUAGCAUACAGUAAGUACAUGAUGUUGAUUACUACAUGAUAUAUUUGUUGUAAUAUGAAUUGUUCAUAUCAAAGAAAAUGCAACCCGUUGGAAAAUUUGUAUUAGUAAAAUUUCACUUAUUGUGGGGGUAUGACAUAAUUUGAAAGUUUUUUUCAAGCUGGAUGUUUGAAAUAUGAUUAGUUAUUUGGGCCGUGCUUCUUUAGUGUGGUAGUUGCAUAAAGUCAGUGUCUACAUUGGACAUUGUAAGAUCCACUCAGUGAUGAAUCAGAAAGUCAGUAUGCUCCCACAGUACAUGUGUCGAUUUAUGUUACAGAAAGCUUAGGUUUUUAAUCAGAUAUUCAAGCUUUUUUCUGACAUAUCUUAAAGCUGUUUAUUUAAGAUAUGUACCUGCAGUGAAAAAUAAGUUGCACUUACAUAUAUAUAUAUAUAUUAUAUAUAUAUAUUAUAUAUAUGUGUGUGUGUGUGUGUGUGCGUGUGCGUGUGCGUGUGUGUGUGUGUGUGUAUGAACAUGUAUUUAAUUAAGAAUCUUUUGUUAGGUUUUGUUGCCUGCUUUGGCUUGUGAUUUCUUUAUCUUCCUGAUCAAAUACUCCUUAUAUAUUAGAAUAAUAAACUUGGCAGAAGUGGAGCUGUUGUAGUACAGGUAGUUAACAUCACUCAUAAGCAACCCUGACUUAUAUGCUGCAGUAAUGUUGUUUGUUUUCUUUGUUUUCUUUUAUGUGUGCUCCAAGUUGGUUGGUAUUUCUAUUACUGUUAUGAAACAACCUUGUUUGAAUUGUAUGACUGCUGUUUUGAAAUAGGUGAUGAGUUUUUUUUAUGUAUGUAGGUAGGCUACAAGGAAGUUUCAUACUUUGACUUGUCAAACACUGGACUGGAGUGAGUUUUCCAACAUUUCCAAGUUGAGAGCUAUUAUAUGAGAGACAUGAACCGAUUACACAGAAUACAGCCUUAUCGCACACAUUACCUGACAGACAGAGUCCAACCUGCUAGAGAAGGAAUAGUGACUUCUCUGACUGGAAAUUUUAUUUCCACCAUUUAAUCGAUAAGGUGCUGAAAUAUAUCUGCCAAAAUGUUGCAUUUGUCAGGCUUAUAAAAUCUGGCCAUCAUAAUUAUACAAUAACGAUUUCAAAAUUCCCUGUUCUAACAAAAUAAGUAAAUGCUAAAAUAUCAAAAGGGAUACCACUUAAUAGCAAUUCAUUAAUCAAAAGAAACCACUUGGUAUAUGUUGUCUUACUAUGUCAAUCAAACAUAUAGAUUGAACCCUGUAGUGACCUUAAUGUCAAAGUCUUUUUUUAGAGCCAACUACCACUUAUCAAACCAGAAAAGAGAUUUGCACUAAACAUAUUUUGGUCUUCGUUGAUGGAAAGCAAUAUGACACAAAACAAUUGACACAUUCUUCAAGCCACAGUAUCUCAAAUAAGAGAGCUGUCUGUGCACAGGGGUAAUGCUGUGUAAAAGGUGAUAUUUGAAAAGUUUGUUGAAUUUUUUUUUUGUGUAAAGGUACAGAAUGGAAACUUGUUGUCUUUGAGACGCACAUUAUGAACUUGGACACGCACACAUUGUUGUUUAGAGUUGACAUAUUUGACCAAUCAGAAGUGUCCGAGUCUGAGGUGCAUAGUUUCCUCUUGUGAUUGUUUUGGAGAAAAUGAAACGGCUCUUACUAGCCCUAAAUGAGGGACAGGAAGGAGAGGAGUGUUACAACAUAUCCCAUAAACAUGCAAUCAUUGUAAAAUGUCCUCAUCAAAAAGAUAACUGAACAAAAGGUCAAAAAGGUUUAUGUUAUGUAGACACAUUUUUUUUCAAAUGAUUCCAACAUAAGACAUUAAACUUCCUCCAUGUUAAAACAUACAGCUUUCUUCACUGAUUUACUCAUUUUUGUUUUAAAACACUCAUAUGAUCUGUAAAGAUUCAAGGUCAGUUCAAGGUCAUUUUUCUGGGAAAUUAUUGAUUAAAAAUAUUUAUGAAAAAAAGACUACAACAUUUGUGUAGUAAAACACUGAUGGAUGGGAAAUGUAACUUUCCUUGUCAAUUGUAACAUCAGUUUAGCCAUCCAAAGAAUCAAAGUCCACCCACAUAUAUUGUAAUUCAUAAUUACCCAUAAGAAAAUAGACAGCAAGAGUAGUGGGGUGAAAUAUUGUUGACGCCUAAAUGUUCUUUAUUGAUCAUUUUAAAUCAUCAAUAAUUUAUGAUAGCAAUCAUGAUAACUAUGAUUUUUGGUAUCUGGAAAUAUUAGCUUUCCUGUUAUUAGGCCUACCGUUUUGUGGUGCUGCAGUUUGUCUAAAUAUGUUGCGUGUUAGAGGAAGCAUAAGUAUGUGCCUUCUUGUAAUCUCCUUGGUGAGCUUGUUAUUAUUGAGAAGCUUAAGCCAGCCAAUUGUGUUUGCACUAAAACCAAAUUGCUUUUGUGAUGUAGGCUAUUUAAAGCAAGCUUGUUGCGUCACUUUAACCGUACAGUAUGCAUGAGGGUGAAAUUGGUAAGUGAUAGGGCUAGAGCUCCCAUCUGUUGAACUAGUGCAGUUUAGGGAAUCCCCUGAACAUAUCAGCUUUGUACUGCGUUCAGUUUUUGAUUCCAUCUCAUUUAUUACUCUUCUAAAUUAUCACAGACACAUGUUCCACAGUAAAUAGUCUCUGUGGAAUAUCCAUAUUCUAAAAGAUAAGUAAAUAACAUAAGAAAUAAAAUACAGCCCUCCUUUUUUAUUUUUUUCAUAUGCCACAGCUGAACAGCUGCAUUACUGUAGUAAGAGAUAUUCAACCAUUCUCUCAACCCAUGGAGAUGCAUGAUUACAAGAGGUCGCCUCGAGACUUGGUCAACUUUAUUUUUAUGUUUUUUGAAAGUUUCUGUUUCUAAGUUCUUUUUGUUUGUUUAAAUCUAAGAGAAAGACCUACAGUACAUGCUUUGAGUCUUACAAAUGCACCUUAUUCAUGUCAGUCUGAGUGGAAAAGACUGGCUAUGUAAUAUCUCUGGUUUAUCACCUUACUACACAGCAUGUUUUCACUUUAUGCCAGUUUUGCUAUUCUUCCGUGCAUAUGAUUUCCAAAAUAAACCUUAUAUAUUUUGUGAAAAUGUUUAAAGGGAUGUGCCAAAGUUUGGAGGCGAUCUCCCAAGUUUUUAUGCUAAUUAUUUGUUCUUUCUUCCUCCUUUAGUUAUCACAAUGGUAUGUCAAACCUUUCCUAUCAAUGUGUGAAAGCAAGUUAUUUCAGCAAACAGUAUCAUUACCUGCCAUUUUACAGUAAGCCCUGUAUUUCACGUAUAUUUACCAGUGAUGUGUAUUUGUUAUUAUAAAGAAAAAUAGCCGUAAAGCUUCAUUAUGUUACAUAAUAUUGUGACUUUUUUCGAAAAACUGUGAAGACUUAUCUUGCAUAUACUUUAUACAGAAGUAUUAAGCCUUAAUACAAAAGACUAAAAAAAGUGAGGAAGAAUAAACUGAUUGUUGCUAAGUAAGGAUGAUUUUUUGUAAAUGUUACCAGCACUUUUUUUGUAAUUUUCACUCUGAGGUAUUGUACAAGUUCACGCUGUUUGUGAAGUUUGAUUAUGAAGGAAUAAAAACUAGUACUUUCCUGUACUUCACAGAAA